CAAAAAGCACCAACUGAAACAUAAAGAUUCUUCACAGGUGCAAAUGUACAGGUGUAACGACUGCGAUUUCAAAACUAGAUACAGCAAGAAUAUGGAAGAACACCAACUGAAGCAUAAAGAUCCUUCACAGGUUCAAAUGUACAAGUGUAAUGACUGCGAUUUCAAAACUAGAUACAAGAAUUCUAUCAAACGGCACCAGCUGAAACAUAAAUGUCCUUCUGGGGUCCAAAUGUAUAAGUGUAAGGAUUGCGAUUACGAAACUGUCCACAAGAAUCAUAUCAAACAGCACCUACUGAAACAUAAAGAUCCUUCACGGGUUCAAAUGUACAGGUGUACUGAUUGCAGUUACGAAACUAAAUACAGAAAACAUAUCAAACGACACCAACUGAAACAUAAAGAUUCUUCACAGGUGCAAAUGUACAGGUGUAACGACUGUGAUUUCAAGACUAGAUACAGCGAGAGCAUGAAAGAACACCAACUGAAGCAUAAAGAUCCUUCACAAGUUCAAAUGUAUAAGUGUAACGAUUGCAAUUACAAAACUAGAUACAAGAGUCAUAUUAAACAGCACCAACUGAAACAUAAAGAUCCUUCGCAAGUCCAAACAUACAGGUGUAAAGACUGCGAUUACAAAACUAAAUACAAGGAUAAUCUGAAAAAACACCAACUGAAACACAAACAUUCUCCCCAGGUUUAGAUGAAACUAAAUACAAGAAAAAAAAUUAUGCAUUAGAAAUUGGAGCCUGAAUGGUAAAAAGCCUAACCUUAACAAAAUUAGAACUUGAAACACAAUAGGAAUGUAGCAUAACUAGCGCCCUAUAUGAAAUAUUAAAAAAAAAUAGACUAGCAUAUUUGGGGUCCUCAAAAACCCAGGAAUACCAAAUUUCAUACAAAUAUUUCACACCGUUUGCAAAUUCAUAAAAAUUUUAUUUUGUCGCUCUUUAUCUCGAAA